UGCGCUUUAGAUUGUUAAAUACACAAUAGUAAUCAUUUUCCUGAUUACUCUAAUUCCUGGACAGAGCAUGGGUGCGUGAAAUGCAUGAAUGGCUACCGGGCAGAUGUGGGCAUUCGAAAAUGGCAUAUUGCUCUCAUGUGCAGCCCUACGAACAGAUGUGCCCACUUUGGGAGGUGGGAGAGGGAAGUCUCACCCCAGGACCAGGAUCCUCUGAUACCCAGUUUCGAACACUAGUGGGCAGUAGCUAUCUGAAGACUCGAAAUGUUUCACUAUCUUGUCAAUGACAAGAGCGGAAGUAUAGGAAACAAGUGCCUAGGUGGAAACGUCUUUCAGAGCAUCUUUAAAACCUGGGCCCCCACAGCCACGUGCACCGACUGCCUUUACUGUAAAGACGAGCCGGAUUGCCUCGCUAAAAUCGAGCGCCUUACCUUAUAUCCCAACGACGGCUGCAAGUCACUCGCCGACGAAUUGUUUGCAGUAAAAACUAAUGAAACGCUCACUCUCCGGUGUCCAGGCUACUCCGGGAUUCAGAGUCUACGUGACGGUUCCUGGGGUCUUGCAUGGAGCCUUCCCUCUGGCGAUGUGGCUUUCCAACAUGCUCAUCAACCUAGGAGCAGUGAUGACAGUAACCCGGAAAGAAUGCUACGCUAUAAAGAUUGUGAUCAAAGAAAACUAGAAGAAUAUGGACCGCAGACACACGGAUCCUGGCCCCAGACAUAACAAACCUUGACUCUGGAGUCUGCUGCACAGGUGCCGGGCUCCGGUGACAUAAGUCCUUUACGUAAGCAUGAUUCACAGCCGUGGGAGAAAGCAUGCCACUUCCGUGUGCUCUCCUCCCCCAAAACCUCCAUCUAAUGGUUGCUAUUAAAGAUGCAGCUCAUUCCUCCUCAUGUCGGCUCUGCGUGCUUUCUUUUCCCUGGGCAUCUCACUGCCAAAAGCCACGCCCGCCCCAGCGCCGCUCCUCCUCCGCCUGGUGAUGACACUUGGCGUAGUUGGCAGGAUGGCAAGAUGCGUGCCCUUCUGAAACUCGGGAGUAGUUCUCUGCAGGAUCACCAUGGUGACAAGGUGAGAGUGCCCCCUCCACCCUGGUAGAAGAACCGCCUCCGGUAGACAGAAUGUGGCCCCAGACAUCCCUCUGGUAUCCAGUCAGCAUACCUGCUUGUGUGGACUCUGCCGGAAGACUGGGACGCCGUGCUCCCCCGACCUGAAGACAUCCAGGAAGCGCAGGAAGCUUGAGUCCACCAGCUAGAGGAGGAGCUCCGUGGAGCUGGGUCUGAGGCAGAAGCCCCUCCGGAGUCCCUGGCAGAGGACGCGGGUGAGGUCGAAGCCGCCCCUCACCCCAGGUUUAACCCAUCGUGCAUCAGAAGGUGAAACAUGAACAGCCUUUGGGUCCAGGGAGAGUAGCUAUCGACAACUCAGGUGUAACUGAGCUCACAGCUUGUACUCCCUACAAGUUAUGGGAAUUGGGAAAGCAGUUCCAGCAAAGCCCCAAGGACAAGUCCAGAAAGAUCUAGAGGAUACGGCCAAGGCCCUCAGCGUGGCACUUAACAACUGGGAAUGGGCUGUCAACGAGGCCAAGGCCCAAGGGCCUGGAUUGUCUGUCAAAUUUUUGGGAGUUAUCUGGUCAGGUAAGACCAAAGUUAUGCUAGAAGGCAGACGGGUCGCUGACCCGGCCCUUCCAUACCUGCUGACAGUUCAGAUACAAGAGAAAGGCUUUGGUUGGGGUUUAUGGCAAACUCAUGGGACCCGGAAGGUGCCCUUGGGUUUCUGGUCUCAGCCCUGGAAAGGAGCUGAGCAGUGAUACUUGCUAAUUGGGAACAAUUAGUGGCCAUUUAUGCAACCCUAAUGGCCUGUGAGACCAUCACAGGUCCUGCACCUGUAACGGUGCAGUCCACAUACCUGGUCGACAGUUGGCUGCAGUCAUGGCUCAGGGCUCCCUAGAAGGGGUGGUCCAAACUCCCGCAUGGGCCAAGUGGGAAACAUACAUGGAGCAACAGGCCACGUUUAACACCAGUCUGUGUCCCAACAGCUCCACAAGCUGUUGGGCCCAGUAGCCUUCCGGACAGACAAUAAAGAAGCACUUCCUGAGUACCCUGUAGAGGCGACCAGUCCAUACAAGGAAGGAAAGCCACCUGUCCCUGGCAGGGCAUGGUAUACAGAUGGCUCCUGUCGGGGCCAGCCCCCGGCAUGAACUGCAGUGGGGUUAAAGCCAGAGUUGGAAGAGUUCUGGUAUAAAACUGGCCCAGGCCAGAUUAGCCAAUGGGCUGAGCUUAGGGCUAUUGGGUUAGUGCUCAUGCACGAAGCAGGCGAUGUACAUGUCUGUACUAAAAGGUGGUUUUGCAGAACAGGAUGGCCUUAGACCUGUUAACUGCUGCGCAAUGGGGGACAUGUACCGCCUUGCAGGUUGAAUGCUGUGUUUACAUCCCGGACCACCAACAAAAGGUACAGGAAGCCUUGCAGGAGAUAGACACCAAGGUAUUGGCAAUCCAGUCCCUGCAUGAUGACCCCCUUUUGUGUUGGUGGAACUCCCUUGGCUCUUCAUGGUGAUCGGCAGACCUUAUCUUAGCAGGUAUUGCCGUCAGCCUCGUGGUCCUCUGUUACUCUCUGUUGUGGCCUUUGUGCACAGGGACACACUCUUUGGGUCAAGUCCCGAACUACCACCCUGCAGGGGGUGGCCUGACAGGGCCCAGGCUGAAUCAGUUGUGUGCAAGCUGGCUUACGGACCCAGACCCUGGACCAGGUUCGGGACCACAUAAGCAGGGGCCGCUGACGCAUGGACCCUGGCCCCAGACAUAACAAACCUUGACUCUGGAGUCUGCUGCACAGGCACUGGGCUCUGGUGACAUAAGUUCUUUACGUAAGCAUGAUUCACAGCCGCGGGAGAGAGCAUGCCACUUCUAUGUGCUCUCCUCCCCCAAAACCUCUGUAUAAUGGUUGCUAUUGCUAAUUAAAGACGCAGCUGGUUCCUCCUCA